AUGAUUCGUGACUACAACGCGACCACCACCACCCCAGCGCGACCACCAGCACCUCAGCGUGACCACACCAAAACGACAACUUACUUGCAGCAUGCAAACGCACUCGAUAUCGGACGGCCACAGCAAAACCUCUCUAGUAUAUCCUUUGGGGCAAUUGUUCAACUGUUUCAGAAGAAUCAUAGAAAGUCUGGCCACGAGACAGGCCGACCCCAGCACGGACCCAAAGGUACUCCAGGAGCGGGAGAUCGAGAAGCCCUCCACCUGGCUGCGGGGGCCGGGCAGCUGGGUGUGGUCGAUCUUCUGCUUGAUUUCUGGCGCCGUGCGCCCCACAGUCACAUCCCUAUAACGGACAAAAAAGCCAGCACUCGUCGCCCCUCGAGGGCUAUUCGCGAACUGAGGGCACUUCCGGCGGCUGCGGCAUCCGGUCACCUCCGGGUGGUCGACAUACUGCUGGCAACCCGCAGCGCCAGUGCGGUUCCAUACUUCGACUAUGACAUCGACAUCGCCCUGCACGCAGCUGCGAGAUCUGGCCAGCUCGCGGUGGUGGAGCUUCUGCUUGCGGCCGGCGCAGAUGUCAAUGCGGUUCGAAGCAGCGACAACGACGUCGAUGGACACCACGGGCAGCUCACCGCCCUGCAGACAGCUGCACGGCACGGCCAUCUCGCGGUCGUCAGGCGCCUACUUCUUGCCGGGGUAGCUGUCAAUGCGGAUCUAGCCCUCGAGGACGGCCGAAUAGCGCUGCAGGCAGCUGUAGAGUCCGGUCACCUACUGAUGGUGGAGCUACUUCUUCUUCCCGAGAGCGGUGUAGACGUCAAUGCACAUCCAGCUCGUGACCGCGGAUUCACGGCCCUGCAGGCGGGUGCGGGGCGCGGCCAUCUGGCGGUGGUUGAGCGUCUGCUUGCAGCUGGUGCCAAUGUCAAUGCGGAUCCAGCCCCCCACGACGGACGGACAGCCCUGCAGGCGGCUGCGGGGUGCGGCCAUCUCGAGGUUUUUCGGGUUCUCCUUGGAAAAGGUGCCAAUGUCAACGCGGGUCCGGCGGCUGCGGGGUGCGGCCAUCUCGAGGUGGUUAAUUUUCUGCUUGACAAUGGUGCCGAUAUGGAUGCGGAUCCAGCCCCCCACGACGGACGAACAGCCCUGCAGGCGGCUGCGGGGUGCGGCCAUCUCGAGGUGGUUCAACUCCUGUUUAGAAAUGGUGCCGAUAUGGAUGCCGAUCCAGCCCCCCACGACGGACGAACCGGCCUGCAGGCGGCUGCGGGGUGCGGCCAUCUCGAGGUGGUUAAGUUUCUUCUUGACAAUGGCGCCGAUAUGAAUGCGGAUACAGCCCCCCACGAUGGACGAACAGCCCUGCAGGCGGCUGCGGGAGCCGGUCAUGUAGCGGUGGUUGAGAGUCUGCUGAUGGCCGGUGCCGAUAUCGACGCCCGCCGAGGAACUGCGGAUUCACUCACAGCCCUACAGGCAGCUGCGAGAUGCGGCCACCUCCCGGUGGUGGACCUUCUGCUCGAGGCUGGUGCCGAUGUCAAUGUCCCGUAUCACGCCGGAGUGGAGGUCAAAUGCCCGGAGUUUCAAUUUGACCCAGCCGUGUUUAGGGCGUUCCUGAAGCGUCCGGAAGACCUCCCGGAGCUCUAUAACCAGCAUAUAUAA